GACCUGUAUACGAAAACACUAACAUUUAUUUAAAAAAAUUUUAAACCGACCCUUCGUUCUUCAUUUCUAAUAUACUUAUAAGAUCUUAAUUGUUUUGAUCUGUAUUUUCAAAGAGUGGAUUUUCUUUGAUUUUAUAUUUUAUUAUUUUGAUCCGUGAGUUUAAAGCACAUAUUAUUUUAACCUUUUGAUUUUAUAAUUUACAUUGGUUAGGUUAGAGAUUUUGGUUAUGGAACCCAUAACUAAGUUUAAAAAAAUUAAAGAGACUUUAAUGGUUAUGAAAAUGCUUAUGUUUAUAUUUAUAAUGAUUGAGUAUUAGGUAUAAAGAAACCCAAUAUUAUAGGACAUAAUGAAUAUUCAAAAGUAUUUGUUUAUUACUAUUUCAAACAGAUAUUUAAAUAUAUGAGUUGUUUAGUUAAGAUUUAUUAACUACCAAAUUUUAAAAUAUGUAAUUUAUAUUAAAACUUCUGUACAUGUUAUAUUUAAUAAGUUUUAAAUAAAUUAUUAUUUUUUAAAUUUUGUAGAGAAUUUUUACCCAUUAUAUACAAAAUAUAUUUUUUGUUGUGUUAGGUUAUAGCCCGUAUUAUAACAUGAGAUCAUUAUUUACCAAUUUUUUUUUAAAAAAAAAUUAUCAUUUAAUAUAUAUACUAUGUUAAUUUAUAGUAUUUCAUAUUUUUUAUAUAAAAAUAUAUGCAUAAUUUUAAUUAUAUGAUUAUUUAACUUAUUUUAAUUUUAAAGGAACAUGAAAUAAAAUAGUCCAUCUUUUUAACUUAUUUCACAUUGGUCAAAAAUCAUUUUAAAUGUUUUAUAAUUUAUUAAUAACAUUUUCGAGUUGUGGUAUAUAAAAUAUUAUGUUAUGUAUAAUGAUUUAAACAAACACCUUAAUUGACCAAUAUGAAAUUUAUAAAUAACAUAGGAAAGUUUUAUUAACGUUUUUCUAUAUAAAUAUAUGUGGUAUCAAAUUAGGAUAUUUUAAAGUCUUACCAUAUAAAAUCAAUUACUAAUAAUCACUCCAUUUAGUGUCUUACCAUAAAUAUUAGUUUCUUAGACUUAAGAAUAGUUUUUUUUUAACGAUGGAUUGUACUUCUAAACAAUGAGAACUAGCAAAACAACUGUAGAAAAAGACACACUAGUAUCCAAAGUAAACUAACACACAACUAUUUUGCGUAUAGAUGACUAAAGAUUUUUCAUAUAAAGCUUCAUAUUUGCUUCUGGAAUAAUUGAAGGUCAAGAGAGAUAAUUUUCAUAUUAAUUCAAAAACACCACACUUUAGACUGAAUUGAGAAUGAUUGUCACUCUCUUUUUAAUACUCCAACAGGAGCACCGAGACAAGAUAACUCUUUAUAUUUCUCUAUUGAUAAUAAUAACAAAGUCAAAAAGAUUACCGUUCCAUAGAAUUUGAUGCAGCGUUUUGAAGUAACUAUAGUUUGCAGCUCCAUCACCAUCACAUGAAGAACCAUCAACGAUUGAAGCCAGUAAGACAUGUUGCCACCAUCCGCAAUAGAUCUGUCAAUUACCUUUUCUAAACUGUUCAACUGAACCAAAAUUUUUUUCUUUCCAAAUCCAUUGGAAGAAGCAUACAAAAGAACAAUCAAAAACUUUGUUAGAUUUAAAAUAAGUUGGCAAUCCAACAAACUAAAUAACGAGAAGUAAAUCAAUUCAAAAAAGAAAAGCAAAACGAAUUAAACAAGCCGAUGACAGAGAUAUAGAAAGCCUCAUGACAUCGGUUUGAAACUAAAAAAAAAAUUCUUUCUCUCUUGACUUAAGAAUAAUUUUGUAAUUGUAUUAAUUAUAGUAUAUAGUUUAAAAAAAGCAUUUCAUUUAGAAGUAAAUUGGAUCCAACUUUGUGCUUAUGUUUUAAUAGUAUUAAAUGAUCGUGUUAUGUAGUAUUUCACUACCAUCCUUUCUAUGGAAGGGAUCAGAUGUGUUAUCGUUAUUAAUUUCCGAGCAUUUACUUAAGUUUGUUCAUCGUUUUUUUUUUGUUAUUGUGUACGGGAGCAGAAAAUGCAAUCAAGAGUAUUCCAAAGUUUCUUGUCGGUGAGGGCCGAUUCCCAAAUUUUAGAAGUCCUAUUUAAAAAUUAAAAUUAUACUUAACACCUUUUAAAAAAAUUUAAAAAUACUAUUAAUAAACUUUUUAAGCAAGAAUUUAGUUCAAACUUGACCUGGUGAGAACUGGUUAUCUACGCUGCACUUUGUUGUGACUAUUUCUUAGCUAUCCGACUGUUUUUUGAAGGUUCUAUCGACGCAUUUAUUGAAUUCGCUGUCAUCUUCGUUCCAAGAAUUAUAGUACUUAAUUGCAUUUGUUAUCAUAGUUUGUGUUUUUUUAGUGUUUUCACGGAUAUUAAAAAGAUGCACUAAAUCACUAUAAUAAAUGUAUCAUUUUUUUAAUUUUCAAUAAUUUUUAAUCAAUAAUAAUUUAAUAAAAUCAAUUAAUUGUAUUGAAAUUUACAUUUUUUUCCAUUGAAAACACAAAAAAAUUAUCUUUGUGAAAUAUUUUUUUCUUUCUAAAACAUUUAUUUUUGUGAAACGGAGGGAGGGAGUACGUGCAAAUGACACAAUUUUAAAUAUGAGGUCAACCAUUGCACGCUUAAUUCCUUAAUUUAAGUUAAAUAAUAGAAUUCAAAGAUUCAAUGCAUUUGGCUAACUGGUAAGCAUUAGUAUUACUAUUUAAAUUGUAUUAUAGAACAAUGUUUAAGUUGAUCGUGAAUAAAGUAAUGUAGAAUCUUGAAAGAUCGGCACUUGGUCAACAUAGUUUAGAGAAUUUUACUUAACUAAGUAUUGAGUUUUGUUUUCUUGGCUUACUUUUCUCUUGGAUACUUGUUCGUUUCUUACAUUAAUCUUAAAGAGAUUGUUCUUAAUUAGAGACACAAGAACGCUCGUGGGGAUGACUAGGUUUGUUUGCUUGCUUUUGUUUGUCAUGCUCUUAAGUUUUACAUAUGCAGCUAUAACGCCAACAAGUCCUUUGUCAAUAGGACAAACUCUCAGCUCCUCUGAUGGUGUUUAUCAACUGGGGUUCUUCAGUCCUAAUAACACCCAGAAUCAGUAUGUUGGAAUCUGGUUCAAGGGCAUCAUUCCUCGGGUGGUUGUGUGGGUGGCUAAUAGAGAAAAGCCUGUUACAGACUCCACCGCAAAUCUAGCUAUCACCAGCAAGGGAAGUCUUCUCUUAUUUAGUGGCAAAGAUGGCAUUGUCUGGUCCAGUGGAGAGACUUUUGCAUCUAACGGGUCUCAUGCAGAGCUUUCAGACAGUGGAAGUCUUAUUGUCGUAGACAAAGUUUCAGGAAGAAUUCUAUGGCAAAGCUUUGACCAUCUUGGUGAUACUCUUCUACAUUCCUCAUUCCUUAUGUAUAACCUCGUCACCGGUGAGAAGCGGGUUGUGACUUCCUGGAAAAGUUACACUGAUCCAUCACCUGGCGACUUUGUGGGUGAGAUUACACCACAAGUGCCAUCACAAGGGUUUAUUAUGAGAGGCUCGAGGCCUUACUGGAGAAGUGGUCCAUGGGCUAAAACGAGGUUCACUGGGGUACCUCUAAUGGAUGAGUCAUACACAAGUACAUUCAGUCUUCACCAGGAUGUAAAUGGGUCAGGAUACUUGUCUUUUUUUCAAAGAAAAUACAAAAUUUCACGCAUAAUUUUAACACCAGAGGGAUCAAUGAAGAUUUUUCGUUACAAUGGAACGAACUGGGAACUGUACUAUGAGGCUCCAUUAGCCAAUUCAUGCCACAUAUACGGUGUAUGUGGACCUUUUGGGUUGUGUGUUAGUUCAGUUCCUCCGAAAUGUAAAUGCUUCAAAGGGUUUGUACCUAAAUCCAUUGAAGAAUGGAAAAGAGGAAACUGGACGAGUGGUUGUGUGAGGCGAACCGAGCUACUUUGUCAAGGAAACUCUACCGGUGAAGAUGUAAAUGUCUUCCAUCCUGUUGCCAACAUAAAGCCUCCAGAUAGUUACGAAUUUGCAAAUUCCCUGAAUGCUGAAGAAUGCUACCAAAGUUGCUUCCACAAUUGUUCAUGCUUGGCCUUUUCUUUUAUUAGUGGAAUUGGGUGCUUAGUAUGGAACCAUGACUUAAUGGACGCAGUGCAGUUUUCUGCAGGAGGAGAGCUUCUUUCCAUUCGUCUUGCACGUUCUGAGCUAGAUGGAAAUAAGCUCAAGAAGACAAUAGUUGCUAGUACUGUGAGCCUUACCCUUUUUGUGAUUUUGGGCUUGGCUUCGUUUGGUUUCUGGCGAUGCAGACUGGAAGAUAAUGCUCAUAUAUUAAAAGAUGCUUGGAGGAACGAGUUUAAACCCCAAGAUGUCCCAGGUUUAGAUUUUCUUGAGAUGAAUGCCAUACAAACUGCCACCAGUAAUUUCAGUCUGUCAAACAAACUCGGACAAGGUGGAUUUGGUUCUGUAUACAAGGUCAGAAACUUUUAAUCCUCUUUGCUCUUUUUAUAUAUAUUUUUCUCCAGAUGACCUUGUGCAUUUCUGCUUUAGGGAAAACUGCAAGAUGGAAAAGAAAUCGCUGUAAAACGGCUUUCCAGCAGCUCAGGGCAGGGCAAAGAGGAAUUCAUGAAUGAAAUAGUACUCAUCUCAAAACUACAACACAGAAACUUAGUUCGGAUAUUGGGAUGUUGCAUUGAAGGAGAAGAGAGGCUAUUGAUUUAUGAGUUCAUGUUGAACAAAAGCCUUGAUACUUUUAUCUUCGAUUCAAGAAGAAAGCUUGAGAUUGAGUGGCCUAAGAGAUUCAGUAUCAUCCAAGGUAUUGCACGUGGACUUCUCUAUCUCCACCGUGAGUCACGCCUCAAGGUCAUUCACCGAGACCUGAAGGUGAGUAAUAUUCUUAUGGAUGAGAAGAUGAACCCAAAAAUAUCAGAUUUUGGAUUGGCUAGGAUGUAUCAGGGAACCGAACAUGAGGAAAAUACUCACAGGGUUGCAGGAACUUUAGGAUAUAUGGCACCUGAGUAUGCAUGGACAGGGAUGUUCUCUGAGAAAUCCGAUAUCUACAGCUUCGGAGUUCUGUUGUUAGAAAUCAUCAGUGGGGAAAAGAUCUCAAGAUUCGGUUAUGGCGAAGAAGGCAGAAACCUUCUUACAUACGCGUGGGAAACUUGGGGUGAAAAUGGAGGAACUGAUCUCUUGGACCAAGGCGUUGCGUAUUCAUGUCGCCCGUUAGAAGUUGAGAGAUGUGUUCAUAUUGGUUUGCUCUGCGUUCAACACCAACCUGCCGAUAGACCCAACACACUUGAGUUACUGUCUAUGCUCACUACAACAUCAGAUCUUCCAUCACCAAAACAACCCACAUUUGUAGCGCAGACGAGAAAUAAAGAAUUCAUGGCUAUGGAUUUGACCACCUUCAGUAAGAUGACAGAUUCUGUAAUCCUUGGGCGUUAAGAAACGAUGACAAGUUCUGCAGUUACUCAUCCUUCUUGAAAACAUUUCCAGAUAAAUAAAAAUAUCGUUUGAUGCCUUCUGGGUCUGAAUGCUUUGAUACCUAUCACUUGUAACCACUAUCUCUCAAAAGCUUAUAAGCUUCGCUCUAACGGUGGUUUGUCUCCUUCACAUUUUCUUCUAUACUCCUGUGUGAUUCUUUUUAACUGAAUCGUGAUAUAUUCUGCAACGGGCCCAACUUUCAAAUUGGUUUUAAUAUUUAGUGUUGUUCAAGAGACUAAAUGGAACAUAAGUGCAGUGUGGUCAACAUUUUUUUUUAAAUAAUAUAUUUCAUUAAUUUUCGACAACCCCAAAAUUGGGUAUGUUGGGAAAAAUUAAUUCAAGAACAAGAACUUUCGGAUUAGAGCAGAUCGCCGAUCACUUGGUUCCAGAUUUCGGUUUUAGGGUUUCUAUUUCCAGGUUCCGGGUCAAAUGAUUCUUUCUCACUGGCGAACCGAGGUAGAGAACAAUAGGUGCACUUGCCCCCAUACUAAUUUAAAAUUUUAGUAUAUUUCUUAACAAAAUUGAUGUCUACACCUAUAAUCAAAUGUAAGUUUACACCUAUUCUAGCAUUUGUGCACCCACUGAAAAAAAUCUUUAGAUUCGCCCAUGUUCUUUCUGCCAAAAGAUAAAUACAAAUCUUCUUUAAGCUGAGCACUACAAAAAAACAUCAAGGAUUCUAAGGGAAAAAAUCGUCGGAAUUUCGUCGGAAUAUCGUUAUUCCGACGCAAUUCCGACGAAACACGUCGUCGGAAAUAAUUCCUCGGAAUUUCUUUUUUCCUCUGAAAUCCCUCGGAAUUUUCCGACGGAAUUCCGAGGAAAUAAAUUUCCGAGGAAAUU